CCCGCAGGGUUCGACGAGUCGAACAAGUAAGACCGGCAAGGGCAGCGGCCCCACUCUGUGAAUGCCUCGUAUAUCUCGUCUGUGCCAGUCAGGUGCAUGGUUUCUGGGUUGACAUUGUUAUUCCCCCUGUCUCCUGCCAGAGGCUAACUAACGGUAUCAUUCUGAAGAAUCACUUCUUCAUUCGUCAAGUGCUAAGUUAGUUUGAUAACGCUGUAGUUUGCUUGACACUGCGUGUGUGUCUAAACUUAAGAGCACGAAUUAAGAGUCUCGAUUGUCAACAUUGUGUUUAAUUAUUAUUUUUAUUGACUUGCGCACUAGGAUGGUAUGCAUGAUAAAUUCGGCGAAAUAUUAGGGGAUUGAAAAUCCAGCAGGUUUUCUCUUACACUUACAUGCUAAAACUAAAAAGGGUUUGGUCUUCUAGAAAUUCAUUUCCGUCCAAGAAGAAUUCGUCAUGGUGACUUCGGCCUUUUGGCUGGCUUGGAGUUUGUCAAUCGUAAGCAUCAUGGUAAAAGGCCAGUCUUGUGGGCCACGCAUGAGUGCCCGUCUUUUAACAGAAAUUCCGUGUGAUAUGUCAAAGUCGUUAUACUGCUCCAGUUCUGGAAGUGCAUAUCCCUGGAAUUCUGUCCGGCGAUACAUCUACGAUAACCAAGGGCUUAUAAGGAGAAUGUACGGAGACCAACGCCAUAGUUUCAUACUUCAGGAAGAAAUAGGAACUCAGCGGUUGCGAUAUAUCAACCUUCCACCCUCCCCAAAUUUUCGAAAUCCUAAAGCUGCUCAUAUGAGGUCAAACUCACGGCAGCAGACGUUCCCUCAAACUGUAAGUUUAUUUCCAACGGAUUUGGAUCGUAAGGAUUCGACUUCAAAGACCGCAAGUCCUGAAACGACUCCUCCAGAACACCCAACUUCCACAGCCAUCAAUUUAGAAGAAGAUGUUAAUAAAACUGAAAUACCAACUACUUCAAGCAUAACGACGAGAUUUUCUGAAACCAAUAGAAGUGUUACGUCAUCAGCAAAUGCUUCAGAAGCAAUGUCCUUCCUCGAAACAACUGUGAAUAGCUUGGACCUAAAUGAAACAACUGUGAAUAGCUUGGACAUAAAUGAAACAACUGUGAAUAGCUUGGACCUAAAUGAAACAACUGUGAAUAGCUUGGACAUAAAUGAAACAACUGUGAAUAGCUUAGACAUAAAUGAAACAACUGUGAAUAGCUUGGACAUAAAUGAAACAACUGUCUCUCCAACGGAAAUAGAAGGAGAUGAAGACUUGCUUCCUCAAGUUUUCACCUAUGCUACAGCCACAACCUCGACUUCUUUAGAAAUUACAGUGACCGACACAAUAGCAUCAACUUCAGAAACUACUGUCGAUAGUAAACCCUACACCAAGACUACAAAGGAGGAUGACUUCACAAUCCAGCCAGUCUAUUACGAAGAUACGAGUGAACUGGAAGGAAUGAUAAACAUCAUCAACUCCAAUCAUUUGAACGCACAAACAGAUGAAGACGAGGAACGGGUUAGCUCUCCCAACAGAGUUGGUGUGAAUGCGUGCUUGGUAACAGAAGAAGUCGUUGCACCAUACUGGGCCAACAAUACCCGUGGUGAAACACUUGCUCUACUUAAUGUUUAUCCAUUUGAACAGUACGUUCACUGGGAAAAAUAUAUGAAAAUCGCCAGAUGCACUGCAGAGAUGGCUGUCGUUGCGAACAGCAGUAUCGACUUCAUCGCCUUCUGGCCUUUGACCCAAAGAAUGAGUGUCGAGGGAUCUUUGCCGAUUGGUUCCGGUUUCCUUCUUCGUGUGUGUGUAUUUGCUACGAUAUUCCUAUGGACAUUUCUAAACGUCCUGCAAGGACUGGUCGACGGAUCUAAAGCUAACCAAGGUUCAAAUGGAACAAUAGCAAUGAUAAAUAAGAAUUUCAGACUUCAGGGAAAUUCAGUUUGUUUAGUCGAACUGAACUAGUUUUGAAAUACGCUGGAAGAAAUCUGUGAUUAACUGGUUGUUCGAGUAGCGUUAUAACUAAUGAUGUAUUCUAGUAAGGUGCUGUUAACUUCCAUAAUGUUACUGGACACCUUAAUCCUGGAAACUGACAUGCCCUGGUGAGAUUUCUCAUUCUUUUACAACAUCGUUAUAGAAAAUGUUCGUUUCUUUAAUUAUUCUUAGACAAUCUUGGUUUUUCCUUCAUGAAUUUUUAUGGAAAUCGUGAAACAUCCCACAUUUGAUGCCAAGCUGAAGAUGAUUGCUAUUGAAAAAUCGCAAAGUGAUUACGUGAUUUUUUUUUACUAAGUUGCGUAACGAAAGUAUUUUAUACUUUCUUUUAUUAUGGGAAUGAAAUGUUUCCCUGUUCGGUUUGGUAGUUCUUUUCCAUUUCCCUAUAUGCCCUGAAAGUUGUUUUUGUUUGUUUGUUUUUGAGAAUGUACAAUUUUUAGAUAUAAAGUGAAAUGAAACAA